AUGUCCUCUCUCCGGACUCUAGUCACAGCCUCCUUCAAGACCCGGUUGCAUUCCUCCGUCGCCAUUCCUCGGCCUGCUGCCAUCACAGCAACCGGAAGCAGGGCGUUGUUCUCCUCGUUCACUGGACCAUUACACGACCAAAGACGUGACACCAAGGACGGCGUAGACCCCACUUCGAUACUCCAGGGCAGCAAUACGACGCUGGAGGGACUCUUGUCAAAGACUCAUCAGGAGCGGCAUGACCAUUCUCCAACACCUGUAUCUGCUACCAAGACGACAGAUGCAUCUACAGGAACAGAGGGAGGAGCCCAGGGGCCGUUGGAUGGGAUUCGUGUCCUGGACCUCACUCGUGUACUCGCCGGACCUUACUGCACACAGUUGCUUGGAGACCUUGGGGCAGAGGUGAUCAAGAUCGAGAACCCAAGGGGUGGAGACGACACUCGCGCAUGGGGCCCACCCUUCGCCAAAAACAUCGACCCGUCCUCCUCCGCGACCCAGGAAAGCGCAUACUUCUUGGGCGUCAACAGGAACAAGAAAUCCAUCACCGUCAACAUCCGAACUCCCCAGGGCCGCGACUUGAUCCAUGACCUCGUCAAGAAGUGUGAUGUCCUGGUGGAGAAUUAUGUCCCGGGAAAGUUGGAUGAAAUGGGGUUGGGGUAUGAACAGUUGAGGGCGUUGAAUCCUCGUCUCAUCUAUACUUCUAUCACUGGAUAUGGGCAGACAGGACCGUACAGGAUGAAGCCUGGGUACGAUGUCAUGAUCGAGGCUGAGGCUGGCUUGAUGUACAUCACUGGAGAAGAGAACGGCACCCCCGUCAAAGUCGGUGUCGCCGUCACUGAUCUGACAACAGGUCUAUACGCCCACGGAGCAAUCAUGGCCGCCUUACUCGCACGCCACAAAACGGGACGCGGCCAACACAUCGACUGUUCCCUCCUCGACGCCCAAAUCGUUACCCUCGCCAACAUCGCCUCGUCUUACCUCAUCUCUGGCCAAGAAGCCAAAAGAAUGGGCACAUCCCACCCCUCCAUCGUCCCCUACCAAGUCCUCCCCUCCCGCGACUCCCACAUCAUGAUCGGUGCCGGAAACGACGGCCAAUUCAAGAUCCUAUGCUCUGUCUUGCAAUUGAACGACUUGCCAGAAUCGCCCGAUUUCAAGACCAAUAUGGAUAGAGUCCGGAACCGUAAAGAACUCAUCUCAAUCCUUACAGACCGAUUACAAACAAGGGACAAUGCAUAUUGGUUAUCACAACUAGAAGGUCGCGGGAUCCCCUUUGCACCCAUCAACAAUAUCGCUCAGACGUUUGAACACCCACAGGUGAUUGCUCGAGACAUGAUCCAGGAGAUUGACCACCCCAAGGCUGGAAAGAUUAAACUGACAGGUCCUGCUGUAAAGUACUCGGAGACGAAACCUAGUAUCAGGAUCCCACCACCUCUGUUGGGCCAGCAUACGGACGAGAUUCUGAAGGACGUUCUCGGGUAUGAUGAUGAGCGUAUCCGUGACUUGAAGGACAACCUUGCCGUGUAG